CUCGAUCACACCUCCAUCCAUCUCACAACAAUGGCAUCUGCAUUGUCGUCGUUGGGACCAACAGCGCUUCUGAUCUGUGCCCUCCUCUGCACCUUUCUGUCUUCAGAGGUGGGCUUUGUGCGGCAGGCCACGGCGCUGGGCAUCAACUACGGGCAGGUGGCGAACAACCUGCCGCCGCCGGCGCAGGUGGUGCAGCUGCUCUCCUCGCUCCGCAUCGGCAAGGUGCGCAUCUACGACGUGAACCCGCAGGUGCUGACGGCGUUCGCGGGCACGGGCAUCGAGCUGGUCGUGACCGUCCCGGACGACCUGGUCCCGGGCAUGGCGAGCAGCGCGUCGCAGGCGCUGCAGUGGGUGAGCGCCAGCCUGCGGCCCUACUUCCCGGCGACGCGCGUGACGGGCAUCGCGGUGGGGAACGAGGUGUUCACGGGCGACGACGAGCAGCUCAAGGCCAGCCUGGUGCCGGCCAUGCGCAACCUGCACGCGGCGCUGGCGCAGCUGGGGAUGGACGCGUACGUGCGCGUGUCCACCGCCAACUCCCUCGCCGUGCUCGCCACCUCCUACCCGCCGUCGCAAGGCGUCUUCACGCAGGCUGCCGCCCCCUACAUGGCGCAGCUGCUGCGGUUCCUCGCCGAGACCAGCUCGCCCUUCUGGGUCAACGCUUACCCCUACUUUGCCUACAAGGAUGACCCCACAAAGGUGUCACUGGACUACGCGCUGUCGAACCCGUCCCACGUGGGCGCCGUGGACCCCUUCACCAAGCUGCAGUACACGAGCAUGCUGUACGCGCAGGUGGACGCCGUGACGUUCGCGGCGGCGCGGCUGGGUUACGGCGGCGUGCCCGUGCACGUGUCGGAGACGGGGUGGCCGUCCAAGGGCGACGCCAACGAGGCCGGCGCCACGGUAGAGAACGCGCGGCAAUACAACCGGAACCUGCUCAUGCGGCAGGUGAGCGGCGAGGGCACGCCGCUGCGGCCCAGGCUCCGCCUCGAGGUCUACCUCUUCGCGCUCUUCAACGAGGACAUGAAGCCCGGCCCCGCCUCCGAGAGGAACUACGGACUCUACCAGCCGGACAUGAGCAUGGUCUACAACGUCGGACUCUCCCAGCUCGCCACCACGUCGGCCGCCUCCCUCUCCCUCGCCACGUCGCCAGCAGCCAGGACCACGGAUGUUGGGAAGGACUAUGCCGGCCUAUGCCUCGUCGCCGUAUCUGUGGCCAUCCUGCUUAUCACCCAACAAGGAUCGCUCCUCCUGUGACCGCAAAAAGCGCGCGCCCGCCCACUGCCAGGCCUGCAGAAUGGCCUGGCUUUUGUGGACCAAAAGCCUCCAAGACCAAAGGGGAGACGCACCGUUCAAAUCCAAGGGAGAAAAAAGCUAGGACGAGGGGGCGAUGUGGAAGCCACUAUCUUGAGGACAGAAACAGCGUGUAUAAGCUAUUUGCGAGGCCAUUUUCUAGCACACACCAGACUUUAUUCCUUGGUUACUUGCAGAGGAGAUCAGGAGAAGGAACCAGGAAAACUAGUUCGUUCUGAGAAGAUUUAUGCCAGGAGGAAAAAGGGUGGCCUGCGCUGCUUGGGAGAACUGGCGUCUCCUUCUCAGCGAGAAGAGAGCUGGCUUUAUUCCCCUUGCGUUGACAAGCCCGUGGUCUAGGCCUCUUCUGAUGCGAAUUUUAGCUGUACAUACCAAUUGGUUCAUUCGUUUAUUUUUAGCUCCAUUUAGCUUGACCAUUCUGCCCUCAUCCCCCGGGGUGGUUGGUCGAAAUGAGAGGCCAGUGGCCCAGUCAUGUAAAUAACUCGAGUAAACAAAUGAGGCAGCUAUUGCAUCUUAUUGUAAUCUGUUUAAAAACUAUGACAUUAUGAAGUCCUCAUUGU